AUGCCGUACUCAGUGGGCCUCCAGGCCGUUGGCGCUGCUUUCAUAUCCGCAGGCUUCGCGACUCAGUUUACCACAUCCGUCAUUAUCUUCCUUCUUAUCGUCUUCGUCACUUCUUCUCUUCACGAUGACGCGCUCAAGGAAGACUCGCCUGCAUCACUCCCAGGGCACUCGCUCUUUGCGAUAAUACCUUUCUUUCGACGACGAUUUGACUUUCUCAAUUGGGGAUUCCACGCAACCGGACAAGCCAUUUUCCAAUUCAAACUGUUACGAAAUACAGUUAUUAUUGUAUCAGGGGAAUCGGCUCGUCAGGAGUUUUUCACAGCCAAACAUUUCGACCUGACGGAAGGGUUCAAGAUCCUGUCUGGGGCCAUACCCAUGGUCAGAGGAGUGACAUCUGACUUACAAACGAGAAGGGUUGCCCUGAUUCAUAAAAGACUCGCCGCCAUCCAGCGCAAUGAGCCCCUAAGCCAACUGAUUCCAUUGUUAUUGGAAGAUUCUCGGCGAAUCAUGGAGGGAUGGGGAGAUUCCGGAGCGUUCGAUCCCUUCAAAAAAAUCUACGAGCUCACGUUCCAAACGACUGUUCGAAGCCUGUCGUGCUCAGAAAUAUCGGAUGAUGCGAUCUUGGUAUCACGUCUAAAGAACUUGUAUGACAAGCUUGAUACUGGAACGACACCGGCCACCGUAUUGAUCCCAUGGGUUCCUACGCCAUCAAUGGUGCGAAAGUUGUGGGCGACGAAGGAGAUCUAUGAUAUUAUCGUUGCUGCGAUCAAGGCCCGUGAAGAGAGCGGCGUGCAAAGAGACGACGCGCUGCAGAUGCUCCUGGACUUUAAAGACGAGAAGCUCGUUGUGGUCGGCUUCAUCAUGGGGCUGUUGAUCGCCGGCGCCCGAGCCACUGGCACGACAGCGUGUUGGCUACUCACAUAUCUCGGAGGCCAUCAGGAAUGGCGGGCAAAAGCAUAUGACGAAAUCCAAUCACUAUUGGCGGCCCACCCUGCGCCAGAGGACUGCGCUUCCAUAUCCAAACAACUCGCCACAAUCCCUCUGGAGACUUGGGAAUCUUCGACACCUGUACUUGAUUCCAUCAUUCGGGAGACACUUCGAGUCGCUCAGCCGCACACUGCUAUGCGGAGAAAUUUGGGGCCCGAUACAUAUAUUAACGGCAAGCUGAUCCCGUCUGGGGCGUAUGUGGUGUAUCCCUUUAGCGAUAUCCACCUCGAUGCUGGGCUCUAUCCGGAUCCGUGGAAAUUCGACCCCGCACGGGAGGAGACCAAGGUGCCUUACGGAUAUGUUCGGUUGGGGUGGAGGUGGGUAACCUGGCGCAAAACUACUUGUCUAGGGACUCGUCUCGCGAAGGUGGAGUUGAAGCUAAUAACGGCAAUGCUACUGCUUGGGUUCAACCACGACAUCGUUGACGACAGGGGAGUCGUUGCGGAUCCUCUACCAACUCCCAACUGGAAUGACAUUCUUCAAUGUCGACCACCAAAAGGAACGUGCAAUCUGAGGUACUCCCGCACGGCCACUCCUCUGUAG